AUUUAUAAUACACACAUAACCGAUUCAAAAUUAAUCUUAGAUUAUCAAACCUAACUAUUUCAACCUAAGUUGUCAGAAUUUUUCAUUCAGUUUUUUAAUUAAUUAUUUUCUUAUUUUUAUAAUUAAACUACAAUUUUUAAAUACAACUAUGCCAGAAGGAGAAACAGAACCAGUUUCAUUAGUUACUAUUAAAGAACCAGUUGAUUUAAUCAGACUAAGUGUUGAUGAACGUAUUUAUGUAAAAAUGCGUCAUGACCGUGAAUUGCGUGGACGUCUUCAUGCAUUUGAUCAACAUUUAAAUAUGGUACUUGGUGAAGCUGAAGAGACAAUCACUACAGUUGAAGUUGAUGAAGAAACUUUCGAGGAAGUGUAUAAAACUACUAAACGUACUAUUCCAAUGUUAUUUGUUAGAGGAGAUGGUGUAAUUCUUGUUUCUCCACCAUCAACUACUUCUUAGUAUAAAUAUUUUUAUUUAUUUCUAAUGAUAUAUCUAAAUGCUGUAUCAAUUUUCAAAUAGUUUAUUUUUUAUUAAACAUUCUAUUAAUAUGAA